AUGGUCCAGCCUGGAUGGCUGGCUGAGUACUCGACAAUAUCAAGCUGCAGUAGGGCACAGUCCGACAGGAUCAGCAACAUGGCAUGGUCCGGCAGGAUCAGCUGCAGCAGCGCUGGUCCUUUUAGGCAGCUUGUGAAACUAGUCAUUCUGCCUCGAGUUCAUGGCUUAGGUCUUAAAACAACUGUCUCUGCGGUCAGAGUCAGUGCUUUGCUAUGCUUAGGAGAGUUUAUUCACACACUUGAUAAAAAGGCUGUGCUUGAUGUCUUGCAAACCAUUCAACGUUGCACAGCUGUUGAUCAUUCUGCUCCAACGGUUAUGUCUACCCUAGGAGUUUCAAUCUCGAUUCUCAAGCAGUAUGGAGUUGAAUUCGCUGCGGAGCACGUCCUACCUCUGCUUACGGCCCAACAGUUGAAUGUUCAGCAGUUUGCCAAAUAUAUGUUCUUUGUCAAGGAUAUUCUCAGGUACAAAGAAAAAUGGGGUGUUACUUUAACCGAUUGUGGAAUCCCAGAGGUUAAACAUGCUACUACUGCCAAUGGGCUUCAAUCUCAAGCCUUGGGCAAAGCAAAUGGAACUGUGGCUUCUGCAAAAAGCAGCCCAGAAUGGGAUGAAGACUGGGUUCCUAAUACCGGAGCAGCUGGCAAUGCCAGUGACACUGCCCACCAGCCUUCCGAGAACGAUUUAUCCUUUCACUCGAUUCUGGGUGAUAAGUCGAUUCAAUCAGCACAUAGACAAUCUCAAUCUUCCUUGAUGCCUACUGCACCUAGCCAGCAAACGUCUGUUUCGUGUCCUCCGAUUGACAUCGAGUGGCCUCCUCGACCAUCUUCAGUUGUUAAUGUAGAUCGAGGCAAUGGCCAGAGGCAACUAAAUAUAGGAACAUCAUUGCCAUCAAAUUUUGAAGAAUUGGAUCCUUUUGCUAACUGGCCUCCACGGUCUAGUACCUCAUAUGAUUAUGGAACCUUUAGUAAUGGUAGCAUGGGACCGGGCAUGAACAAUUAUGGAGUCAGCUCUAUUACGAGCACCACGAACUACCAAACAGAAAACGGCAACAGUUGGAUGCUCGGCAACCAAAACUCUGGGGCCUUACUAAGACCCAAUCAAGGGAGUUCAACCUUGAAUGCAGAUAUUUUGAAUGGUGGAGGUCCCCAGAAAAGUAUUGGAUUCUUGAAACAGAACCAGAGGGUUUCAGCUCCAAUGAGUUCUUCAUACAACAACCAGAAAUCAGCAGAUAUCGGAUCUAUAUGUGGUUCUAGUAAGAAAGAGCAGACUGCUACAAGACUUGCACCACCGCCGUCAACAGCAGAUAUCGGAACAACCCCCUCUUUUGGAUUUAAUUUGAUUAGGUGGGGUGGUUUUUAUAGCCACCACCGAGGCUCUCGUUGGACCGGUCCCAGAGAUGAGUUCUGUGGGGUGGCUUUUAUAGCCACCACCGAGGCUCUCGUUGGACCGGUCCCAGAGAUGAGUUCUGAGCAGCAUCCAGGAAUCGGAGCUCGGCAGCAGCUUGAACACGAACAGCAAUCACAUGCGCUACGCUUAAACGAGCUGCAUCUGCACGACUCUUCAUCCAAAGAGCUGCAGCAGUUGCAGAUCAUGCAGUUACAUGAUUCUUCCUGCUCCUACCCACAAAAACUGAAAAGUCCAGCCCUAAAGACAAAGUCUUCUACUCUUGUUCGAUCUUUACUCUUCGCGCUGCCGCUUACAAGCCAUGGCAAAACCUUAGCUCGUCUUCUUUUGCAUCCUCGCCUAGGAUCUAGACGCGGCCGCCAUCAUUUGCUUUCAGUUGUCUACGAACAUCUAAUUAUUUUUGGCUUUCUUCGGGGCUACAAAAAAUGGAUAUUCCAUGGAGAGCUUACACCUCGUAGAUCUUCUUUCACAAGUAAUCCGGCUUAUCUUCGUAAUUCUCAUCAUCAAUCUGUUAGAGAAGAUAACAUGAAAGGUAUGAUGCGGAUUGUUCGAGCUCCUCAAGCGGAGAAAGAAACAAAUAAUGAGAAAUUGACUAGUGUUGGAUCUUCGAAAGGUCCGGUUACAGUUGAAGAAACUGUAGAAAUUGAAGAAGAGCAUGAACAAACAAAUAAUGAGGAAUCAAAUGUUGUUGACUCUUCCGAAGUUCCUAUAACUGUUGAAGAAGCUGUAGAAAUUCAAGGUAAUGUUUGA